UCUCCUCCGAGUCUUGGCACUUGAAGACCGAGUCUCCUUUUGCCGAAAGCGGGGCGUCCUGGGGACGUUCCCUGGAAAAGGCUAAGGUCACGAUGGACUUCGAAGGGGAACGCAAUGGAAGACUCGGAGGGAAGAACAUGUACAAGCUGGAUAAGAAAAGUAAAAAAGAGAAGGCAGAAAAGAGACCAACUGUCAGCACAUUUACAAUGUUCCGCUAUUCAAAUUGGCUUGACAAGUUGUACAUGGUGGUAGGGACCCUGGCUGCUAUCAUCCAUGGAGCCGCACUGCCGCUUAUGAUGCUGGUGUUUGGAGAAAUGACGGACAGCUUUUCAAAUGCAGGAAGCGCGAUUCCCGGAAACGGCAGUUUUCCCAACAUCAGCAUGUCUGAAAUCUAUGCAGAGCUGGAGAAAAACAUGACCAGAUACGCCUACUACUACACUGGGAUCGGAGCUGGUGUGCUUAUUGCUGCUUACAUCCAGAUUUCAUUUUGGGGGCUGGCAGCUGGAAGACAAAUAAAUAAAAUCAGAAAGCAGUUUUUUCAUGCUAUAAUGCGACAGGAGAUAGGUUGGUUCGACGUGCAUGAUGUUGGAGAGUUGAACACCCGGCUCACAGAUGAUGUUUCCAAAAUCAAUGAGGGGAUCGGCGACAAAAUUGGAAUGUUCUUUCAGUCUGUGGCAACGUUUUUAAUCGGUUUCAUAGUAGGAUUUACACGUGGUUGGAAGCUAACGCUGGUGAUUUUGGCCAUCAGUCCUGUUCUUGGACUGUCAGCUGCUAUCUGGGCAAAGAUACUGUCUUCAUUUACUGAUAAAGAACUCUUAGCAUAUGCAAAAGCAGGAGCCGUGGCUGAAGAAGUCUUAGCAGCAAUUAGAACUGUAAUUGCAUUUGGAGGACAAGAUAAAGAACUUGAAAGGUACAAUAAAAAUUUAGAAGAAGCUAAAAGAAUUGGGAUAAAGAAAGCUAUUACAGCCAACAUAUCUAUAGGUGCUGCUUUCCUGCUGAUCUAUGCAUCAUAUGCUCUGGCCUUCUGGUAUGGGACCACUCUGGUCAUCUCGAAAGAAUAUACUAUUGGACAAGUACUCACUGUCUUCUUUUCUGUAUUAAUUGGAGCUUUUAGUAUUGGCCAGGCAUCUCCAAAUAUUGAAGCAUUUGCAAAUGCAAGAGGAGCAGCUUAUGAAGUCUUCAAGAUCAUUGAUAAUGAGCCAAGCAUCGACAGCUAUUCAGAGAAUGGGCAUAAGCCAGAUAAUAUUAAGGGAAAUUUGGAAUUUAGAAAUGUUCACUUCAGCUACCCUUCUCGGAAAGAAGUCAAGAUCUUAAAGGGCCUCAACCUGAAGGUGCAGAGUGGACAGACAGUGGCCCUGGUGGGCAACAGCGGCUGCGGGAAGAGCACCACCAUCCAGCUAAUGCAGAGACUCUAUGACCCCACGGAGGGCGUGGUCAGCAUCGACGGACAGGACAUCAGGACCAUGAACGUCCGAUACCUGCGGGAAAUCACAGGCGUGGUGAGUCAGGAGCCUGUGCUGUUUGCCACCACCAUAGCAGAAAACAUCCGCUACGGUCGUGAGAAUGUCACCAUGGAGGACAUUGAAAGAGCUGUCAAGGAAGCCAAUGCCUACGAUUUCAUCAUGAAACUGCCUCAUAAAUUUGACACGCUGGUUGGAGAGAGAGGGGCCCAGCUGAGCGGUGGCCAGAAACAGAGAAUCGCCAUUGCCCGUGCACUGGUUCGCAACCCAAAGAUCCUCCUGCUGGAUGAGGCCACAUCGGCUUUGGACACAGAGAGUGAAGCUGUGGUUCAGGUGGCUCUGGAUAAGGCUAGAGAAGGCCGGACCACCAUUGUGAUAGCUCACCGUUUGUCCACAGUUCGGAAUGCUGAUGUCAUUGCUGGUUUUGAUAAUGGAGUCAUUGUGGAGAAAGGAAAUCAUGAUGAACUCAUGAAAGAAAAGGGUGUUUACUUCAAACUUGUCACCAUGCAGACAGGAGGAAAUGAGGUUGAGUUAGGAAAUGCAGCUAGUGAAUCCAAAAGUGAAAAGAUGGAUUUGGUAGAAAUGACUUCCAAAGAGUCAGGAUCCAGUCUGAUAAGAAAGAGGUCCACUCGCAGGAGCACUCGUGGAGCACAAGGCCAAGACAGCAAGCUUGAGACUGACGAGGCCCAGAAUGAAAGUGUCCCUCCCGUUUCCUUUUGGAGGAUUAUGAAGCUGAACAUAACUGAGUGGCCAUAUUUUGUGGUGGGUGUGUUGUGUGCCAUUAUAAAUGGAGGCCUACAACCAGCAUUUGCAGUAAUAUUUUCCAAGAUUGUAGGAAUUUUCGCAAGAGAUGAUGAUGAUGAAACAAAACGGCGGAACAGUGACCUGUUUUCCCUGUUAUUUCUCAUUCUUGGAAUUAUUUCUUUCAUUACAUUUUUCCUUCAGGGCUUCACCUUUGGCAAAGCUGGAGAAAUCCUCACCAAGCGCCUGCGCUACAUGGUGUUCAAGGCCAUGCUGAGACAGGACGCGAGCUGGUUCGAUGACCCUAAAAAUACGACUGGAGCACUGACCACCAGGCUCGCCAAUGAUGCUGCUCAAGUCAAAGGGGCUACUGGUUCCAGGCUUGCUGUAAUUGCCCAGAACAUCGCAAAUCUUGGGACAGGAAUUAUUAUAUCCUUUAUCUAUGGUUGGCAGUUAACACUACUGCUCCUAAUAAUUGUACCCAUUAUUGCAAUAGCUGGAGUUAUUGAAAUGAAAAUGUUGUCUGGACAUGCACUAAAAGAUAAGAAAGAACUGGAAGGUUCUGGAAAGAUUGCCACAGAAGCAAUAGAGAAUUUCCGAACGGUCGUGUCCCUGACUCGGGAGCAGAAGUUUGAAAACAUGUAUGCAAACAGCUUGCAGGUGCCCUACAGAAACUCCUUGAAAAAAGCACACAUCUUUGGAAUCACCUUUUCCUUCACCCAGGCGAUGAUGUUUUUUUCCUAUGCUGCCUGUUUUCGAUUUGGUGCCUUCUUGGUGGCGCGUGAGAUUAUGACCUUCGAAAAUGUUCUUCUGGUCUUUUCGGCAGUCGUCUUCGGUGCCAUGGCCGUUGGGCAGGUCAGCUCGUUUGCUCCCGACUAUGCCAAAGCCAAGAUAUCGGCAUCCCACAUCAUUGGGAUCCUGGAGAGAAUCCCUUUGAUUGACAGCUACAGCACAGAGGGCCUAAAACCGAACACGAUGGAAGGAAAUAUGACAUUCAGGGAAGUCGUGUUCAACUAUCCCACCCGACCUGACAUUCCAGUGCUGCAGGGGCUGAACCUGGAUGUGAAGAAGGGCCAGACGCUGGCCCUGGUGGGCCCCAGUGGCUGUGGGAAGAGCACCGUGGUGCAGCUCAUUGAGCGCUUCUAUGACCCCUUGGCUGGGACAGUGCUGUUGGAUGGCAAACAAAUAAACGAGCUGAAUGUCCAGUGGCUGCGAGCCCACCUGGGCAUCGUGUCGCAGGAGCCCAUCCUGUUUGACUGCAGCAUCGGUGAGAACAUUGCCUACGGGGACAACAGCCGGGUGGUGUCCCAGGAGGAGAUCGUGAAGGCGGCCAAGGAAGCCAACAUCCACGCCUUCAUUGACUCUCUGCCUGAUAAAUACAACACCCGCGUGGGAGACAAAGGGACUCAGCUCUCGGGCGGCCAGAAGCAGCGCAUCGCCAUCGCACGCGCCCUCGUGCGACAGCCUCACAUCCUGCUUCUGGAUGAAGCCACAUCUGCGUUGGAUACGGAAAGUGAGAAGGUGGUCCAAGAGGCCCUGGACAAGGCGCGGGAAGGCCGCACCUGCAUCGUGAUUGCUCACCGCCUGUCUACCAUCCAGAAUGCCGACAUGAUAGUGGUCUUCCAGAACGGCCGAGUCAAGGAGUGUGGCACGCACCACCAGCUGCUGGCGCAGAGGGGCAUCUAUUACACCAUGGUCAGCGUCCAGGCUGGAGCAAAGCGCUGAUGAACUGUGGCCCUGGGCAUUUGCUCGUAUUUGUGUUUAAAUGGGGCAUUUAAUGAGAGUUCAAAAGCCAGUACCUACCAGAUUACAUAGAAUUACCUAUCUAGUGUUUCCUACCACGAGCAAAGAUGAGCACGCCGGAGUCCUCAGAGACUUCAAGGUCCCAGGAACAGAUGGAGAAUCAUAGUGCAAUAGGGAAUUAGUGACUCUAAUUGCACUGUAAAGAUUAUAAAAGAAUUCAGAGUAGUUUUUUUUUCAAUAAAGUAUGUAGUUUUGUUUAUAUUUUCUCAUUUGAACUGUAAUCAACUGUCGAUGAUGGAAGUAGCAAAACAUAUCGAAUUGUUUGCAUAAAGUGCCUUUAAUAAAACUAAACCUUUCUGUU